AACAUCAUAAAACAGCAAGAAUUUAUCCUAAUUAUGUGAUAAAAUGGCAGUGUCUGAUUUUACUAGAAAUUGUGAACGUGAUUAUCAUAAAGAUUUAAUGCAUGCAUAUUAUCUAUCGUCACAAACAUGUUUGGCUAAAUCUGUAAAUAAGUAUAAUGAGGGACACACAGCUUUGAUGCUUGCUGCCAGAUAUGGGAAUGAAAAAGUUAUAAAAAUGCUACUGAAGCGAGGAAGAGACAUCAAUCAGACAGACAAGUAUGACUGCACUCCUUUCAUGUUGGCUGCUGAGUCUGGCCACAGUGGGGCUGUAAAGCUUUUGUUUCAAAAAGGCUGUAAUGUUAAUGCUUGUAAUCAAGAUGGUGAACAUGCAUUGUUGCUUAUUUAUAAUGAACUGCGGAGGGUAUUUACUGAUUUAUCGCAAAUAGUCAAAAGCAGUGUGUAUUCAGAAAAUAAGCAGAAACAUAGCAUUCAAGUGCAUAAAAAAACAACAAAAGCCAACCGAGAGCGAAUAGCUGAGAUCUUGAUUCAAUGUGGAUCCAAUGUAAACACAGUGAACAAAGUAUAUAAGCAAAAUGCAUUAAUGCAAGCAUCAUCUUGUGGUUGCAGUGCAUCUGUCCAGCUGUUAAUAAAUAGUGGAAGUAACAUCAUCUCAGUUAACUCAUUUCAAUGUGAUGCCUUGAUGAUUGCAGCAGAACAUGGGCACCUAAAUUGUGUAGAAAUUCUUGUAAAUAAUGGCAGUGAUCAGACAAGAAGAGAUUAUGAAGGCAAUGAUGCUUUGAUGAUUGCUAUCAAAAACGGUAAUAACGACAUUGUAAAGAUGCUGAUAUCAAAAGGAUGGGACUUACAUAGAGUAAAUCAAGCUGGUUAUGAUGCUUUGAUGGUUGCUUCUGAAUAUAACAAUGUAGGAUGUAUAGAAAUUCUUCUAAGCAACGGUUGCAAUAAAACAGGAGUGGAUCAAAAUGGUAAUGAUGCUUUAAUGAUUGCUUGCAAGCAUGGAUACAUUGAUGUGGUUGAACUUCUGUUAGAUAAAGGAUGGAACAUGCAUAAAACAAAUAAUUUAGGUUGGAAUGCUUUCAGAGUGUCAAUUGGUAGUAGAAUGCAAGGUCGAUUAGAAGAUAGAAUCAAAGUGUCAAAACUUUUACUUAAUAAGGGAAGUGAUGUGAAUGUUGUUGACAGAAUGGGAGAUGAUGCUUUGAUGCAUGCGUCAUGUGUAUCAAGUCCAGAGAUAGUAAAUGCUUUAAUUAGUAAGAGUAGCGAUGUAAAUCGUUGUAACAAAAAUGGAAAAAAUGCUUUAAUAUACGCAACAGAAGCAAAAAAGGAAGAGAAUGCUCUAAUUUUAUUAAAUAAUGGAAGUGAAAUUAAUCAGGUUGAUAUUGAUGGUAACAAUGCAUUAAUCAUUGGAUUAUGCAAUGGACUUGAACAAGUGGUAAAGAAGCUUUUAGAUAAAGGCUGCUGUGUUAAUCAAGUAAAUAAAGAAAAUCAAACUGCUUUGAUGCUGGCAGCUGCCAAUGGUUAUGUUAUUUUUGUAGAAAUGCUUCUCCAAAAGGGGUGUGAAGUAAAUGUAAUGGAUAAAUUCGGAUAUAAUGCAUUGAUGUUUGCAUCAAAAGGAGGGUAUGAAAAAAUUGUUGAAAUGUUACUUAAAGCAGGAAGUGAAGUCAAUAUUGUUGACAGUGACGGGCGUAGUGCUUUAAUGUUGGCAUCAAUAGUAAGAAAUUUAAAUAUUGUCCAAAUGCUUACUAGCACUGAAUGUGAUGUUCAUAUAGUUGAUAAAGAUGGAAGGAAUGCUUUGAUGCUGGCAUCAGAUAAUGUAGAUCAAACAAUAAGCAAAAUUAUGUUACAGAAAACACAAGAAGAGAGAGAAGUUUUCAUUCAAACAUUAAUUUUCAAUCAAUUAGAAAUAGUGAAACUAUUAAUUAAUAAAGGAGUUGGCAUCAAUGUUGUUGAUUGUACUGGAUCAAAUGCUUUAGUGUCAGCCUCAAGGUUGGGUUAUGAAAAAUUAGUUGAGUUUCUUCUGACUUUUGAUGUUCAUGUAAAUCAAACUGAUAACUUAGGAGCCAGUUCUCUGAUACAUGCAGCAUUUCAUGGAUUACCUGAUAUGGUUGAAAUGCUGCUAAACAAAGGUAGUGAUAUAAAUAAAAUCACAUUAAUGGGUGAUAAUGCCUUAAUAAUAGCUUCAUGUGAAGGCCAUUAUAAAACUGUAGAGCUACUGCUCAAAAGAGGGAUCAAUGUUAAUCAUGUUGGAAGAGAGGGAUGGGAUGCUGUAGUUACAGCUCUACUGCAUGAUCACGAUGACGUGGUCGAAUUAAUUCUUAGGAAUAUUACUAUGGUCCAUGUAAGGAACUUAUACAUGCUAGAGGUAGUUAUGAUUGCUUUAGAAAAGGCAAAAUUUAAUCUUAUUGAAAAGUGUCAAGAAUAUUUGAAUACUUACAAGAGGGGGAUAAGACAAAGGGAGUUGAACAUAAUAAAGAAAUUAUUUGCCUCCACAAAAUGGAUUUUUCAAAGUAACCGUAAACGAGCAGUGUUAAAACAAGAUUUUAUGACUGAGAUUUUGGGAUUAGAAGUACAAACAGACAAUGCUUUAUGUGGUAUUAAAAGGUCGCUCAAUAUUUUUCUGACUACAACUUUAUACAAUAAUUGGCAUCAGGUACCGACAUGUGAGGAACUGUUGGGAUGUGUUUCUGAUAUUAUGUCAGAGUAUACCAGUAUGAAACAAUUUGAUGCUCUGAAUUUUUUCGUCUACCAAAAAACCUUGCACAUGUUGUACAUUGAAAUUUUUAUUAAAUACAAGGAUAAAGUCACAGAUUUCUUUUCCCUACUUCUUGAGCACAGUUACCCAGAUCUGACCAUUGCUCAUAUGAGGGAAGUAAACCUCUUUAAUACUGCGUCACCUAAUUUUUCCAUCACUGUUUGCCACUAUCCACUAGAAAUAUUAAUAGGAGGGACUUUUUGCAGUGUAAAUUUCUCAUUGGAGUUGGUCAAUGGAGAAGCAUUGAAAUUGUUUAUUGAUUACCUACACUCACAAAAAGGGCAGAUUCACACAUCAUAUUAUAUUACCAAGAAUAUUAUUGGAAUAUUAUUCAACAUGUCAAGAAAAGAAGAAUUGAAAGGAUACUUUAAUUCCACUUACAUAAAAACUGCACUUUUGGACAUAACUUUUUGUGAUGACAUUUUAAAAUUAAAGCACUGGCUUAUUCUAGAACAGGAAAAAAGUAAUGAUUCACAUUUACGUGAUUUAAUUCAAAAGGGAAUUGGUCGGUAUGAAAGUUUUCCUCUUUCUAUUUUUCUGCAAGCAUUUGCUAAGCUUGUAAGAAAUCAGCAAGAAAAUAUUGAGAUUAUGCAACUUCUAAAGAUUUUUAAGCCUACCAGCUUACAGUUGUAA